AUGGCCGAGAACGCGGCGAAACGGCUCAAGACCGCCGACGCGGUCCCCGCCAGCACCGGUGCUGGGGGCCCCGUCGCCAUUGGCACCCACAGCGGGCGCUUCCACACCGACGAGGCCCUCGCCUUCCACAUGCUGCGUCUCCUGCCCGCGUAUCGGGACGCCUCCCUGGUCCGUACCCGGGACCCGGCCGUCCUAGACGCCUGCCACACCGUCGUCGACGUCGGCGGCGUCUACGACCCGGCGGCGCGGCGCUUCGACCACCACCAGCGGUCCUUCGACACCGUCUUCCCCGGCCGCGAGACCAAGCUCUCCAGCGCCGGGCUCGUCUACAUGCACUUCGGCCGCGCCCUCGUCGCCCAGAAGCUGGGCCGUCCCCGCGCCGACGCCCCCGCCGACCCCGCCGCCGAAGACGAGGACGAGGACGUGACCCUCCUCUGGCGCAAGAUCUACGAGUCCUUCGUCGAGCCCGUCGACGCCAACGACAACGGCAUCGAGCCGUACGACCCGGAGCUCCUCGCUCAGGCCGGCCUACGCCGCCGCUUCCGCUCCGGCGGCUUCUCGCUGGCCGCGCUCGUCUCACGGUUCAACCCGCGCUGGAACGACCCCGUUCCCGACGACCCGGUUGCCGCCCAGGCGGCCGAGGACGCGCGCUUCCGCGCGGCGAGCGCCCGCAUCGGCGAGGAGUUCGAGCGCGACCUCGACUUCUUCGUCACCUCCUGGCUGCCGGCGCGCGCCAUCGUCCGCGCCGCCUACGACGCCCGCCACCGCUAUGACCCCGCGGGGCGCGUCCUCGUCUUCGAGGGCCAGUCCGUGCCCUGGGUCGACCACCUCUACACCCUCGAGGAGGAGGAGGAGGAGCGCCUGGGGCGGGAGCAGGGGGAGGGCGGAAGCGCCGCCUUCCAGAAGGUGCUCUACGUCCUGUACCCCGAGAAGCCCGUUCCGGGCGCCAAGUGGCGGAUCCAGGCCGUGGGCGUGAGCAAGGACUCCUACCAGAGCCGAAAGGCGCUGCCGGAACCGUGGCGCGGCACACGUGACGCCGACCUCGAUACCAUCACCGGUGUGCCCGGCGGCGUCUUCGUUCACGCCUCUGGCUUCACCGGCGGUCACAAAUCUUUCGACGGCGUCCGCGCCCUUGCCGAGAAGGCCUGCGCGUUCUGA